AUGCCAUUUGAAACCUCCUUCCAAGCAUCACCUAAUGAACCUGCCGAGCGUGUCUAUUCAGAAUUAUACACAUCCCCAGCCAUGAUUAACGAGCAUCGCAAGAUUGCAUCUGUGCCAAGACUCAAUGGCUGUACGCUCGAGACCAUAACUGCCUCAAUCAUGCUAUGGUCAGAUUCUACGCACCUCGCUAGUUUUGGCACUGCAUCGUUAUGGCCGAUAUAUAUGUAUUUUGGGAAUCAGUCCAAAUAUGUUCGUGGAAAGCCGUUGUGCUUUGCUGCGCACCAUCUUGCCUACAUUCCUAAGCUUACGGACACAAUCCAGGAUUUCUAUCAGCAAGCAUUUGAAAAACCUGCAACUGCUGAGGUCUUGACACACUGCCGACAUGAACUUAUGCAAGCCAUCUGGCUACUCCUUGUGGAUGACGACUUUAUGCAUGCCUAUGAGUUUGGCAUUGUCAUUGAGUUUCUCGACGGUAUCUGUCGACGAGUCUUUCCCCGUUUUUUUACCUACUCCACAGACUAUCCUGAAAAAACACUUCUGGCCUGUAUCAAAUUUCUUGCGAAAUGCCCUUGCCCUCGUUGUUUAAUCCCAAAGGCCAAGAUUGGAGAACUCGGCACUCGUGCUGGACAGGCGCUGUCGUGA